AUGAAUUGGGGAGGAGAUAGAGUUAAAGUGGUGUUUGUUAUCGGAGCUGCUUGUGGCAGCCUCAGGCAUGAAGCAAGCUUCUACGGCGGACCUUUAAGACCCUUGGUGCAUGUUUCAUGCUUGAUCAAUUCAGAACCACGCGGUGACCUCGAGAAUCCUUCAGUUCUCGAGCACGCGGUCCAUGCGAGACAGAACUACAAGAACCAGCGGUCUUCCCCGCACGGUGCCAUUACAUCAUCCGCGGUAAUUACAGAUGUUAGUACAUGGGGAGUACUUUGCUACUCCAUAGUGAGCAACGCUAAUUACCAGGGAAGGGGAGCCACUCCGGCAGCUGCCGCUCCGAGAAGUUGA